CCUUUUCUGUCGAGAUGGAAACAGAAAAUGAAAUCUGCACGCAGACCACCACUUUCUCCGCUUGCUCGAGGCUGCGAGAUACUACUAUAGUGCUUGGAUUGCUCUGAUAUAUCAUGUUUAAGCUCCAAGACCAACAUAUCCUCAUCACUGGUGCAUCAGGUGGUGUGGGAAAAGCAGCAGUCAGGCGUUUCCUCGAACAAGGCUGCCGGGUCACUGCCCAGGUCAACAGCAACUUGUCCUCCCUGCUUGAGUUUGAAGGCCCAAGUCUGACAGUUGUCCAAGCAGACGUCAAGUCAGAGAGGGCUGUAAUGGAAUGCUUUGAUCUCGCGUUCAAGUCAUUCGGACGCGUCGAUAUACUCCUGCUCAAUCACGGCAUCUUCAGAGCCAAGGACAUUCCCAUGGCCAACAUAUCGUUGUCCGAGUGGGAAGAAACGCUCGAUGUCAACCUGACGGGCAGCUUUCUCUUUGCUCGCAGCUUCCUCCGACAGAUUGAGCCCACCUCGGCCAUUCCCCCGCGUAUAUGCAUUAUUGGCUCUACAGCAGGCAAGUACGGCGAGGCCAUGCAUGCCGAUUAUGCCAGUUCAAAGUCUGCCUUGCAAGUUGGCUUCACCCUCUCACUCAAGAAUGAAAUUGUCAAACAUCAUCCUUCAGGACGAGUCAAUGCAGUGGCACCAGGCUGGAUUUCGACGCCCAUGGCAGAGGCCAGCAUGAAGGACCCAGAGACAAGGUACAGGUCCUUGGGCACAACGCCCUUGCGUAAAAUUGCCACGGCAGAUGACGUGGUUGACAGCGUCUUGUUUCUCGUCUCGUCCUUUAGCUCUCAUAUGACGGGCAACUGUGUCAUGGUCGAAGGUGGCAUGGAAGGUCGCGUGUUGAAUAGCAAGGAGGACAUUCAAUGAUUUCACUGCAUUCGAGAUGACU